CGUCGCUUCAGUUGCAGAUUGACAAGCAUUUUAAACGGUCGCAAAGUGUGUGUCGAGAGAUCGCGCGAGGCGAGACUGCGCUGGGAGCAAGAGAGAGAAAAAAAGCAAAAAAAAAAAAUACAUCAAUCAAGCAAGGGGCGCUUUCGGAAAAAGGGAAGCCCAAUUUUCGCGACUUUUCUGGGCGGACACCGUGCGUGGUUCCGGAUCGCGGUUCCCGGGGAGGCGCGUCGCGACGUUCCGCAGCUGCCCAGUGAAAAAUGCGAAAUAUUUUUAGACUUAUCAGAACACGACCGCGACGACGACUUCGGGCAGAUUUGUAUCGCUGAAGAAAGUUUUUUUUUACGCAAUUUUCCGGAAUUUUUGGAGAAGAAGAAAAUCACCUGGGCCAAGGGCUUGGUGGUGAGUGACGCAAAAAAAAAAACAAAAGAAGACAUCGGAGAAGGGCCUGCCCGUUGCCUGCUUGGAUUGGAUCGGAUUGUGUCAGUCCCUUGGAAUUUAGCAGCUGUCACACAGUUCGAAAAAAAGAAGGAAGCAAAGAAAGCCAAAAGAUAUGACAACAUCAUGUCACUGGAAGUGAAUUACGACGACGUUCCAGCUCGGAACCGGAUGGGGACAAUUCCGAGCCAGUUUGCUGUUGUUGCAGAAGCCCUCGGGAGUGUGUGAGUGUGCGUGCGUGUGUGUGUGUGCGCAAGGUUUCCCUCCUUGGCAAGAAGAGGCAAAAUUGUAGCUGGAAAACCAAAUUUAGCAAAUGUUGUGGAAGCACUAGCGAAGAGGAUGGUGUAAAUUGCGGUCAUAAAUAUUUGAGAAGAAGAUAAAUUUUGAAGUGCGUGUCUGUGUGAAGGUCGCAAGGUGCAGCACCCAAAAGGUAAAGUGAAUCUAAUUAUACCCUCGAGAGAGAGAGAGAGAGAGGAGCGCAAGCAACGGGAGAGUGUGAAGGGAAGGAAAAUUAUCGAAAAAAUCGAAUUAUACUCCACGAAAACGAGCGCUAAAAGAGCGCGCACGAAGGGAAGAAGAAACCGAGGGGAAGGGAGAGGGCCCCAGCAUCUGGCAGGGCAACCACCUGUCGUCGACCAGACCAGACCAGAAGGUGUUUUUGAAGGAAACAGGAAGACAACCGCCAAAAUGCCAGGAUUAAUCGGGGUGAGCGAGUUCCUCGAGGAAACCCGCGAGGACUACAACUCGCCGACGACGUCCACGUUCGUGUCCCGGAUGGUCCAGUGCCGGCAGACCAUUGCAGCACUCGAGGAGACUCUAGACUUCGAUCGAGAAGGCCUGACUAAACUCAAAAAGGCAGUCAAAGCAAUACACAAUUCGGGAAACACCCACGUGGACAACGAGAUGUGUCUGGUGCGCGCGCUGGAACGCCUCGGCUCGGUGGCCCUGUCCAAGGAGGAGCCGGACAUUGGGGCCGCCUUUCUGAAAUUCUCCGUCGUCACCAAAGAGCUCAGCGCGCUCAUGAAGACGCUGAUGCAAAACAUCAACAACAUCGUCAUGUUCCCGGUGGACUCGCUGCUGAAGAGCGAACUGCGCGGGAUGAAGGGCGAGAUGAAGAGACCCUUCGACAAGGCUGCCAAAGACUACGACUCCAAGUUCAUGAAGAUCGAGAAGGAGAAGAAGGCGCUGGCCAAGGACGCCGGCAUGAUGCGGACCGAGGUCACGCCGGCGGAAAUCGCCGAGGAGAUUGAGAAGGAGCGGCGCGUCUUUCAGCUGCAAAUGUGCGAGUAUCUGAUAAAGUUCAACGAGAUAAAAACGAAGAAAGGUAUUGAACUGCUGCAGCACCUCGUCGAGUACUACCACGCUCAAAACAACUACUUCAAGGACGGCCUGAAGACAAUCGCCCACUUUGGCACGUACAUCGAGGAGUUGAGCGUGAAGCUGCAGACGAUCCGCCACAAACAGGACGAGGAGCGGCGGAAAUUGCUGGAGUUGCGGACGUUGCUGCGGUCAUCGCCGGAUUUUGACCGGGUCGAGAAUGUCCCCAGCGAUAAGGGAGGGACGGCUGGGUAUUCGUUGCAUCAGCUGCAGGGUGACAAAAAUCACGGAAUUACGAGGUCGGGCCAUCUGCUGAAGAAGAGCGAGGGAAAAGUGCGGCGAGUGUGGCAGAAACGACGGUGUCGCGUUACGGCCGAUGGCUUCCUGGACAUUUGCCAUGCGGACGAGACGAAGGCGCCGACGCGGGUCAAUCUUCUCACGUGUCAGAUCAAACCCGUCUCAGACGACAAGAAGGGCUUCGACCUCAUCAGCUACAACCGGCCGUACCACUUUCAAGCCGAGGACGAAUUGGACCAGAAGGCAUGGAUGUCGGUGCUGGUCAACUGUAAGGAAAAAGCCCUGGCCAAGGCAUUCCAGCACGCAAACCCCCAGAUGAGUCCCAGCUUGAUCGAGCUGCAAAAGACGGUCAUCAAGUACAUCCAGAACCUGCCCGGCAACGACCAGUGCUGUGACUGCGGCUCGAAGAACGACGUUACCUGGAUCAGUCUCAACUUUGGCAUCCUCGUGUGCAUCCAGUGUUCCGGCGUCCAUCGGGAUCUGGGCGUGCACCACUCGCGGAUACAAAGUCUCACGCUAGACAAUCUGACGACGGCGCAGCUGCUGAUCGCCCGGGCCAUGGGCAACAACAGCCUGAACGAAGUCAUGGAAGCAACGCUCGGCAGGGGCAAACUCACGCCGGACAGUUCAAUGGAGGAACGAUACGAUUUCAUCCGGGCAAAGUACAUCGCCAAGCGGUACGUGAUGCGGACGUGCGCCGACGAUCGGGACCUGCGGAACGACCUGGAGCAGGCGAUCAUCAACGCCGACCUCGGCCAGCUGCUGCAGGUGUGGGCCGAGGGGGCGGAUCUGUCCUGCGUGCUGCCGUCGUCGGAAUUUGGCGAAACCGCCCUUCACCUCGCCGUCCUCCGCGAGAUGGGCUCCACGCUGCACAUCGUCGACUUCCUCAUCCAGAACAUGACGGCACAGGGGCUAAACAAACAGACGAAUCCCCCAGGACCGGCAGACAUGUCCGGCCGCAAUACUGCGCUUCAUCUGUGCGCGCUACACGAUCGACGCGAGUGCAUGAAGCUGCUGCUGCGAUCCGGCUGUGACCACGACGUGCGAAACUCGCAAACGCGAACCGCGAUCGACAUUGCCAAAGAGAUGGGCCACGAGGCCUGCAAGGAGUUGAUUGAGCAUGCCAUAAAGCGUGAAAAGAGCGCGUUCGACCACAUCAACACUGACUGGAACAUCCACGACGACGGAUCGACGGACUUUUCCGACGACGACACGGUGCUGACGGACGAGCGCAAGUCUCGCUCGCGGCCACCGAGCUUCGUCGGGGGAGAUUCCCCGGUGGCGCUUCGGUCCCGAUCUUCGACCUGUGAUUCAAUCCAGAGCGGUUCCAGCCCCAGUUCCAGCUGUAAUCCCAACCUGGCCCAGUCCGGUCAGCAGAUUCCGGGCAAUUCCAACAGCAAGAUUCCCAUUCCAUCGUCCGGCACUAGUCCGAAACAGUACGCCGGAGGCUCGUUCGCGUCGCACUACGGUUCCGGUGGCGGCGGUGGUUCUAGUCCCAACUCGAGCAGUUCCAGCAGCAUCGUGCGGCAAGCCUCGGCCCAGAUUGCUGCCGCCGCCGCUGCCCAGAGCAAAAAGUCUUCCUCUGUCAACAUCGGUUCCCUCAAGAAGCGCACCGCCCCAGCCCCGCCACCAACGUACGGAACGCUACCCCACGCCCCGCGCCACUCGCAGAACAUUGACAGCGACAUCUUUGGCGUGUCGUCGGCGGCCGUUUCGUCCCACUUUCACCACCAUCACCAUCACGCGACCGACAUGUACAGCACACUGCCACAUUUGCCGCGAGGCGCGUCCGAAUCGGGAGUAGCGAGUGGUCCCCAAGUGGCGCAGGUCGCCGGACAGCUUCCAUCCGUUGGGGGUGGCGGCGCCAAGUCCAGUUCGUCCCAGCAGUUGCACUUUGACAACAAGAUCUACGAACGGUUCGAGGGGUACAUUCCGUCCAACAACCGGGAUCCGAACUUUCUAAGCUCGUUCACCGGCGGUCACAAGCGGUCGCCCAGCGGGGAGUCGCUGGGCAGGAAUUUGGCCGGCGCCAAGCUAGUCCUUCCACCGGCGGGCGAAAUUCCCCAGCUCAAACCGGUGGACAAGAGCGUCCACAACCGACCAAAGCUGCCACCGCCCCCGGGACCACCAGCUGGAGACAAAUCAAUGUCCAACGGACAAUCCAACGAGAGUCUCUCCUCGAUGGACGACGCCGUCGUGCUGAGGAAAAAGGUAAGCGUUUGUUUCAAUUUACUCAUUUUGGUCUUGAAGCUAAAGAGUUUCUGCCUCGCCCACCAGGUAUCGACCAACUCCUCGUCCAAGUACGGCACCAGCGACUACGGCAGUGAUGUGCACCAACUCCACCACCAUCACAUCCCGGCCGCUGGGUUGGACAGCUCGCUGGCGUCCAUGUCCUCGGGUGGUGGCGGCGGUGGCACCAAUCUGGACUCGUCCGCCAACAGUAGCUUCAGCGCGCGCAACGACACAUCGGCGUCGUCGGGCGGGCUCGGCCUCGACAGCAGCAGCUUCAACCUGUCCUCGUCCAAGAGUCCGGCCUCGUUCCUCGGUUAUGGCGUCCCGCGGCGAUGUCGCGCCCUGUACGACUGCAACGCCGACAACGACGACGAGCUGGAGUUCAAGGAGGGCGAAGUGUUGCUCGUGCUGAACGAGCGAACCGACGACGACAACUGGAUGGAGGGUGAGAUUGAGGGCGAUCCGUCCCGGCGGGGCAUGUUUCCGGUGAGUUUUGUGCAGAUGAUUGACGAGUAAGAAGAAGCUGAGCUUCGUCCACACACACACACACUGAGAGUGAUUAUUCUAAGUCUGCUGAGCGAAAGAAGGCCUUUUCUGCGUUUGGCAGGAAAGGUCGAAAGCAUGGAAUACAACCACAAACACACAAUCUUAUUUAUUACACAUUUUACCAAUCGCCCAGAACGAACAAAACUAUUUAAUCCCUUUACGAGCGAAAGAGAGAAAUCACACACAUUAUUAUUAUUAGCUCUAUUGUGUAAAGUUUAAGCAACAAAAAAAUGCCGAACAAUUCGUGCGCUGUACAUUUAAAUUGACUGCUCAAAGUAGAACACUUCGUUUUUGCUUCUGUGUGUAAGUACCUACAAAACAAAAAGUAUAUAAAUAUUCAUUAGAAAUGGGAGAAUUUAUCUCCUCACAAAACAGUGUCCUCACUCUCUUUGAUUUGGUCGCGUAUUUUUCCAACUCCUCCUCGUCACUCACACACACAAUUUUCAAAAAAAAAAAACAAUGUUAAACCUAAGAAUGAAGCAUUUAUCUUGUGAGUCUGACACUGUAUUGCACGAUUUUAGUCGAUGGUUGAGAGAAAAAACAGUGAAACAAAGAUGAAAAAGGACAAAUUAUCUGCAAAUAUUAUGAUAAAUAGAGUAUUGUUUGUAAACUAUUAUCGAUUACCUAUAUAUAAAUGGAGAAAAAAAAGUAAAGCAUUAAAACAAAUACAGAAAGUUACAAAACGUUGACGUCGUCGCGAAACGAUACCAGAAAUUGAAAACUUUAUGUGCCAGUAUACAGAAAAGAAAGAUUAAGAUGACGCAAAAAAAAAACAAAGAAAGAAUUCAUAUUAUAAAAAAGAACCUAAUCUAUCGGAGUAGUGAAAAGUGAAUACAAAAAAAAGUAAUAAAAAAGAAACUCAUCGUACCCACAGUAGAAUGCAAUUCAAACCAAGAUUCCAGUGACAAAACAAAACAGUAGAAUUCCACCUUCCCGUUACUCUCGAUGUGAAAGAAAAUCCUCUAGAAUCGACGUUGCUUCAACCCACACGAAAACUGAAAUCUAAACUGUCUGACAGUGGAAAAACAAAAAGAAAUCGAAGUCACUAUUUAGCGAUUGAUUAGCAACCUGCAAUCUGCAAACACAAACCUACUAUGUACUACUAUUACACUAUUACCACUACCAAAAAAGUAUUACUGUUGAGCAAAUAAAAAAUGAGAUGAACAGAGAAGAAAACAAAACAAAUAAAAGUGUCGCAUUAAAUUAUUACCAUGUUUAGAAAGCGCAGAGCAGAGAAUUACUCGAAGCAAAUCAACCGAACCAGAUAGAGAUCAAAAUCAAGCAGAAUAAAAGCAAACAACCUACCAACCUAUGUGAAUGUGAAUGUUACAAACAAACAACAACAACAAACAGAAAAACAAUAGAUCCUAUAGGCAGAUAAAAUAAAAUAAUAAAAAUGACGAAAUAAAGAAGCGAAACACUUGAAUGAAUACACACCUACAUGGGGACGAAUCCGUUUACCCGAAAUGCAAUCACAGAAAGAGAACAAAAACAAAAAGAAGGCAUCAAUCAGCAAAUGAGCAAACAAAAUAAAAGUACAUGAUACAUGAAAAUGAGUAAAAA